UCCGUCGGCAGAUGAUGGAGGGAUGGAGCUGCCCCAAGAGAUGGCCAUGGCUUCCAACGCAACUGAUAACCGCAAUGGGCGUGUCCAUUCCCUCUUCACAGCCCCUGUACUUCAGAAGAGUCUCCACAUCAGCCAAAACAGAGGGUCGGGGGUUUCUUCGGCCCGUAACUUGCAGGAGCAAAGCAAGACCAGGCAUCUGCCCAAAGACAAGGACAAGGAGAGUCCUGGGAACCGGCUGCUGAACAUGCUGAGAAGAACUCUUAAAGGAUCUGAAAGUAAAGAACUAGAAGUAACACAUGAGACACCAAAAUUGGUGCCAUUUGGGGGUGUGGUUGGCUGCCUGGCUAUUCAUGUAAAGAAAUGCAGACGUUUUACACCUAAGAUCAGUUUGUACCAUUACAAUAAUUUAUUCAUUCGCAUUUCUAUAAACAACAUUGUGAAAUAUACAAAGAUGCGUAGUUUGCUAUCCAAAAACAAACUAUAUAGCUAUAAUGACAAGAAUACUGUAAUUAAGUUUGAUGAAGUGAAAUAUUUUUCUGUACAGGUUCCCAGACGUCAUGAUGAUGAGAGGAAUAAUAUUUACUUGGAACUAAUGCAAAAUGACAAUAAAGAAAAAUAUCCUCUCUUGUUAGGGAGUGUUCAGGUACACCUUUAUGAAGUAAUUCAGAAAGGGUGCUUUACUGAAGAAUUUCAAAUGCUGAAUAAAAACACAUUUAUCUGCAGGGUGGAAGUAGAAUUUAUGUUCUCCUACGGAAACUUUGGUUAUGGAUUUUCACAUCAGUUAAAAUCUCUUCAGAAAAUUAUUGAGCCAUCCAUGUUUAUGAACGUUGCACCACCUCCAGAAAGAACAGACCCCGUGACAAAUGUGAUUGUACCACAGCAAAUAGAAUACCCAGCAUUCUUAUCCCCGGACCUGAACGUCCCUGUUGGGAUGCCAAAUUCAGUGUCCCAGUGCAGCCAGACGCCUCUCGUGAGACUGACGAAACUUCAACAGCCACCUCGGGAAAGGCUGGUAAAAAUGAAAAAAGAAUAUAGAGAUCUGAGUACAUGGGGAGAAAAAGCUACAUAUUUAGAAGGAAUUCUUAACCCCAAAUUGGAAUAUAAUCAAACUAAGGGAAGUCAUACCAACGAGGUACUUGAAAGCCAAUUUGAAGAGAAGCCUGAAGAUAUUAUAACAUCAGAUAUCUUUCUUACAAAGGAGGAAGCUGAAACUAUUCCAAGUGAGUUACUGGAUAAUGAUGAUAAGAAAGGCCUGACUCUACCAACUCUGAAUCAGUCGAACCAAGAUAAUAUAAAUGUUGUUGCUCCUAAAAGUGAUGAAUCAACAGAACAAACAGAUGCUCCAUUAAUCAAGAUUCCUAGCCUGAUGGUAACAGAAGAGAAUGAAAUACCACCUUUAGAGGAAUGCCAGUCAGAAGUCGUAACAAACAGAAAAAUGAGUAAUAUACUUUUUCAACCAGAACCAAAGUUAAAAGCUAGCUAUCCAAACCUUUUAAAGACAGACCGACCUUCAUCAGAGGUGGCUUUUACACAAAAAGAAUACACUGUACCAUCUUUCAGACCAGAAUGUACAGAAUUCAAACCAACAUAUCAGUUCCAGAUGUUCAACAAGGACAGUUUUGAUGCUUUUCUAAGGAAUAUAAACAACAAAAUGUCAGUCAGAAAAAGGAAGGACCAAGAUAUGUCCAAAUGUAGAAACAUUUUAAGCGCAGAAAUUAUAGAGUAUGAAGACCAAGAUCCUCCUUACCCAACACAUUCAGAAACUGCAAGACUUACUAAUAAAUUCUGGCUGCAUGGUCUUGAUAUCACCACAACUGAGACUGUAGACACUAAGAAAAAGUUAGCCAUUGGUGAUCCUGGUAGCACUGAAGGAAAGACUUUAGACACUGAGAAUAAAUUAGCCCGUGAUCCUGCUAUCACCACCAUAAAGACUUCAAAUACUAAGAAUAAUUUAAAGGAAAGACUACCAAAUGUAUCUUUACCAAACUUUGAAGGAGAAUCACCACUGAAUAGAAAUGUAAAUACAUAUCACCUCUCAAAAUCAUUAAAUCUCACUUCCAACAUAGAAAAUUUAAAACAAUCAGUGGUGCUCAAGUUAAUUUUAAGUAAAUAUCUGCAAGAUCUUUCAGAUAAAUUAUUUUCUGAACCAGAAGUUCCUAUGGACACUGAAGUAAGAAAGAACAGUCAUAGUUCUCUAUUUCUAAGAGUUCAUGAUAAACCACCAAGUAGUUUGGAAGACAAACUAUUUGAAAAAGCCCAAGAUUUAAAAAGCCCAAGGCUUUCGAAAAGAGACACCUUAAAUUCAAAGUCUCUUACAAGUCCAAUAAUUAAAGAUAUUCCUACAGAUUCACUUUCAAAAGGUGGACCAGGAAAUUCUCCAGAGGUAGGAAGGGAAUUUGUCUCUGAAAAACACUUAGAGGCUGGUGAGGUAGCCUUUCCGAUUAAAAAAAAGAGUAGUUUCAAAAAGAAACAUUUAGAAAGUGAAGUAUCCAGCUCCAAACCAGGUUUCAAUGACACUGCACAUGAUUAUGUUAUAAAGCAAAUAUUCACUGCACCCAUCUUCUCUGAGUUGGAGAUGGGAGUGGAAGAAUCGAGAGAGACACAGAUGAACUGGCAGAAUCAAUAUCCCACAGCUUUGGAGAGUUUAUCUUCAAAUAUUCUAGUUCACUAUGAAGAAAACGAUGAUGAAACAGAAUUGCCAGAAGCCAAAUCUAUUAUAAGCCAGAUAAUACAAGCAUUUCCUAUAGAUACUCUUGUAGAAUCUGGGACAAUCAAAGUGAUAGAUAAAGAAUACCAGAAGAGUUCUUUGCUGGAUACAGAGACAGCCUUUGUUAAAGAAAAGCCAAAGGAUUCUGCAGAGGAUUAUUUAGAAACUAAAAGCAAAACAAACUCUCUUUCAAAGCAGAAUAUACCCAUUAUUCCCAAAGAAGCCACUGCUUUUUUAAAUAGAGCUGAAUUUAUAGACAACAGCCAAAAUAUAUCCCCACAAAAUUCAAAAUAUCAGUCCACCUCAGAUAAAAAAACCGAUUUGCCAAGUAAUGGUCAGAGUCUUGAUAGAGAAGAAAAUGAUCUAAAUUCUACCUUAGAAAAUUUAAGUAACUUGUUAAUGGGUAAAUUUAAUGAGUCAGAUGUAAUGUUAAAAUCUUUCUUAAAAAACUUAUUUAAUGUUUUUUUCACAUAUCAGUCUGAAAGAAGACAACCAGAAAAAGAUUUAGAAAGAUUAAUUCAACAUACUUUUCCAAAUAAUAUAGAAGACCUUGAAGAAAUCGAAGAGAAUUUUGAUAAAGCAGAUGUAUUAGACAGAAAACCUAGUUUGAGUCCAAAGCUGCGUGCAUUUCUAGAAGAACUCUCAGAAUCAGAAAUUAAAAAUCUAAAAUCUGAAUUAAGUAAAUAUAUCCAGCAUUACCUUGUAGAAAGACUUUCAGAAUCAGGACAUAUCACCAGAGAGGACUUAACACAAAUCUAUCAAAAUCUGUAUUUGAUGAAUGAGGAAGCAGAACCAAAAGGGCAAAAUGUUUUUCUGGAGAAAUAUUCAGAAACUGUAAAAGAAACCACGUCUUUUGUAAAUAAUUUUAAUCAUCAUUUCAUAGAUAAACAUUUGGAAAUAAAGCUAAGGUCUUUUUUAAAUGAUAUUCUCCAAAACUAUUUCCUAAAAAACAUUUCAGAAAGCAGUUUAUUGAAAGAUACAGAACCUGAACCUCUACACUCAAACAUAUCUUCUCUAAGAACCAAAAGUCUUUUAAUACCUUUUCACAAGUUAGGACAAGAUAUUUCAAGGGGGAGUUCUGGUAGAACGCCUGAAGUAAACAUGAAAUAUCCUUUAAAUGAAUCUCUGCAAAACUGUCUAAUAUCAUUAUCAGAAAACGAAAUAUUGAAUCUAAAAGCUUAUUUAAGCAAACACCUGCAGAGACUUUUUAUAGAAAAACUUUCAAAAUCAGGACUAAUCAGUGAAAGGCAAUUAGAGGGAAUCAGCCACCAUACAAAUUUGAUUAAUUCUAGUUCCACACUAUUAAAAUGCAUAAAGCCAGAUUUAUCUUUUAGAGAUGAAAAUCAAUUUAUGGAGGAGCAUUCAGAAAAGCAAAAUAAAAAUUCAGAAAUUGUUCAUAAAACCACUUUACAAAAGGUUCCUGAGGAUAGACUUGUAGAAACAGAAUUGACUAGAAAGGAAGAAAAGGAGUAUUUUUCCUUACAGAAUAUUAAAGAAAAUCCAUCAAUAAUCAGAGAACAGAAAAGAUUUCAUCCUAAAGAAGGAGCUAAAACACUGACUCUAAUUAAAGUACAAACUUCUUCCAACAAAAAUACCCAGGCAACUCCAUUAAAGAAAUCAUCAGAAAGACUGACAGAUAUAGUGCUUCAUAAAGAAAGGAAAGAACAUGGUUUCACGCAGCUUCCUCAAGCAGAAAACUUUUAUUUUAAAAGAGAGAUUCAAGACCCGCAUAGUGGGAGUGGUAAAUCAAAACUAACUCAAUCAAACACUUGCUUUGAAAAGACACUAAAAAUGAAGUCCCUUGAAAAAGAGUAUAAUGAUAUCUAUCAGUUGGUAGCACAGGAAAAGCCUGAAGUGCUGUCACCAUAUCCAAGAACUCCUUAUUGCAAAAUGCCAAAUAAAGAUGAAGAAUACGUAAAUAAAGUCACUUUUCCUUCCAGGCAGAAUAACAUUUUAACUGAUUUUAGUUCAGAGGCUGGGGAGAACUCAAAAUUAGAAGAUCAACAUUAUCAGAGAUUGAAAGGACAUAACAAUAAAAAACAACAUUUAGUAACAUCUUCACAUUACAAAAAGGAAAUACAAGCUAUUCAUAUAAAACCAAAUGAAAUUUGCAAUGAAAAAUGUACCAAAAUCCUUGAAUCACAAUCGUUUAAAUAUAAUGUUGUGGAAGCUGAAAAAAACUCAAAACCAUCCUUCUUCCCAGAAGUAUUAAAGAGAGAAAAUCUAAAGCCCAACGUCCGGAAAGAAAGAGACCAUGUCAACAAACAAAAAAAGUCAUUUAACAAGACAGUUAAGAUACUACCAACCACACCACCCACCACAAGAAUUCUAAGGAAACCUGUCCCGAGGACGUUGCUUCAUUGGCCUGCAAGAAGAACUAUACAUGAUUGUUUGGAUAGAUUUGAGGAUUUACAUUUAACCUCAUUUCAGCAUCUUGAAAAAGCAACAUCAAGAGGAAUUCUUUUAGGAAAGAGCCCAGAUGAUAGCCAUAAUCGGUUAAAACAUUCUGCAAGACCAUAUACUGCUCCAGAGGUUAACAAACGAGAAAGCUACACUGGAAAAUUUACAAGUCCUCGAAUGGUUUCAGCAGGUUUGGUUCAUUUAAAUGAUACAAGCCCAGAUUAUGAAAUCCAAAAACUGUGGCCAAAAAACAAUUGA